CCCGCUCUUUUUUGAACUAGUUUUCACUGCUCAGAUCAAACCUGAGAGAAAAACCACCCAGACGGUCAAAAUAACCGAGAUAAAGCUUCAUUCUCCCCUGGAGGGCGAGGCCGGCGGCUCCACUCAGGCAGGGUGACGUUUCUGGAGAGGAAGUAAGCGUGUUCACUGCUGGACGUAAUAUUGGACAGAACUAACCCUCAAAAAGGAGACCUCCACCUUUUACUCUACCUUCUUACUACCAGGUCGUCUACAGAAUGGAUUUUAACAAGACCAAACCAGACAUCAGGAAUUAUUUGCAGCCUCUGAGGCAAAAACAAACGAUGAAGGAAGAUGAAGAGCAAGACGUAGGAAAGGGCAGCACACAGCUGAAAACUGAGAACAGCAGACAUGCUUUCAAGUUCUGCUGUCAAUCUAAAAAAUAUGAAGUGACCUGUGAUGCGUCUAUGACCGUGCUGGAGGCGCUUCUCUCAAACAAAAACUUUAAAGGCAUUUAUAAAAAGAAUAGGGGAAAGGAGACGGUCAUCCAGAGAGAGAAAGUGCCAAGAGGUGCUGUCCCCACAGAUUUCCCCUGCUGCCUGAUCGAUGAUGAUGAGCUUCUGGACAUAAAAUUCAUCAAAUCUAGUGGAAACAGCAGUUCAGAGAAUAAACCAGUCCUCCGUUCACUGAUGAACAGCACUGAGAACUUCAUUGUGUUUAACAUCAAAACAAGAGGCGGCCGCACUGUGAAAAGGCUGAUGAAGAACCAGGAACUGAAGCAGGUGGUGGAUGAUGUUUGCGUGUUUGCAUUAAAAGGAGAAAAAGUGAAGGAGGCUCUUCGGCGUGACGGGCGAUUUAGCAGGGUGAUUUUUCGCAAACACUGUGGACUCUCAGAGCUGGGGUCUGAGAUCAUCACUGAUAUGUCAAACACUGUUGACCAUCUGCAUGAAAAGCAUUUCAAAGUGAUUGUUAUUGACAACCAGCCAGCCAGCCAGGAGUCCAGCCAGGAGUUUGAUACGAUGAAGAAUGAAUCUGGUGAAAAUAUCCCCAGUUCUCCCACACCUGGCAAUCUCAGCCAGGACUCUGCUAACCCUCAACAGCAGAACCGUCAGCCCACCGAGAAAGAAGACAAGAAAACAUAUCCGAAAAGAAUCCAGGUCAAGGAAAUCCCAAACACAGAGGAGAUCCUGAAUCUUCUGCGGAGUCAGUUUGAAGGUUUGCAGAAGCAGCUGGAGGAGCGCGAGAGUCUCACUAAGCCUGCUGAGGUGCAGAAGUUCUUCAGAGAAGAGUUCGAUAAAAGUGCUCAGAGCUUCUCGGAGGUGAAGAGAGUGAGACAGCUGACGAAGAUUUCUGACUCUGUCUGUCAGAUCCGUGUAGAUGGUUCUGCAUGUGGAACCGGAUUUCUGCUGUUUGACAGGUUCAUACUCACUAACGCACAUGUUAUUGGAGACUUUGACCCGUUCUCACGCAGGCUGCACCGCCCCAUCACUGCUGUGUUCGACUAUGAGGAUUUGGACACAGCGAACAAACUGCCGGUGAAGGAGAACCUUGUUGCCUACUAUCGUGGUAAGGACAACAAGGGGGAACAUCUGGACUUCGCUCUGCUGGAACUGAGUGAUGAUGCAGAACUUCCUAAUUGUCCGGAAUUGCUUAGCAGGUACAGUCCUCCUCCCACUAGAGGUGGGAUCUGCAUAAUUGGACGCCCUGGGGGUGGAGUCAAGAGAAUGGACCCCUGUUUCAUCAUUGAAAAAGACGAAGCUCUAAAUGCAGCAGACGAGCACCUGGCUGAGAACAGCGACUUCUUUCACGUCAUAACACAGCAGUGUUUGGCAGAGAAAUGGGAAUACCAUUAUUCCCAGAUCAGUUAUAAUUCCUGUUUCUUCCAUGGAUCCUCCGGCUCACCGGUCUUUAAUGAUCACUGCGAGCUGAUUGGUGUCCACACUGGUGGCUACACUUACAAAGGAAAAGGAGGGAAAACCAGGAGUGUGAUGGAAUACGCUUUUCCCAUGUUCCCCAUCCUGGUGUGCAUCGUCAGACAGUGCAGGCAGAACGGCAGAUCUGAUAUUGUUCAGUACUUUGAGGAUCAAAGCAACAUGAAAUAUGUGCUUCAGGUGGCGAAUGAGCAGUGAAAUCAGCAGAGUACAAGCAUUCUAGUUGCUCCAGCUCUUUCAUUUCUCACAACCAAAUAUAUAUAUAUAUAGAACACCAAGAAGGACUAUGGCUUCUGUUUUCCAUUUGUCAGGUUAAUCACAUAUUUACACACAUUUAUUUUAAACAAAUUUUUUAUUUGUGGUAGCCCAGCACCACGACAGUGGACACAAACCCCCAAAAAAUCAGCAUGAAAGACUAAAGGUUAUUUGUAAUGAAUGUUGGAACCAUUCUCUUUUUUGUUGUUUAUUGAUUGACAUACAUAUUGCCGGUGGAUAAAAGCCCCUGAAUCCAACAGUCAGUGUCCACACACUGUGGCAGUGGAGGGAUUGCAAAUUUUCAAAGUGAACGGACGUGUAACGAUCGUGAGGGUCUUCACCAGGCAGUGAUUAAGGAUGGGUCAACAUGUCUGAGUGAUCCCACUCAUACAUCAUUUAUCAAACAACAUAUCCAAGUGCAAAUACAACAUUGAUGAGACUAUGAGAGAGUAUCUGUGACCAUGACCAUGAGGACAAUUGAUCUAGACCAAGCUCCACAUGUCACCAGAGCAGUUUGUCAGGAAGUGUCACAGGAGCUUCACCCCACCAUCAUCUUCAAUCAUCAAGCAUUGUGGAUCACAUUUAUUAAGCCAUCAAAGAAAAGUAGUCAAAAAUGGCUUUCAGCAGUUCUAUGCAGCACAGAGCCACCCAAAGACACUGGACUGAGCACAUACAUACAAGACUCUACUCAGUUGACCUUCACUUUCUGUUCUACAUGAUGUAAAAUCACAUACAGACCUAAAGACAAAACCUUUCCUCCAACGUGAUUCUCAGAGAAUGCGUAAACAACCCUGCAUCGUGUAGUUAUGUUAGAAUUGAAGUUUGUGGGGGGGAACAUGCCUGAAACCCCGCCUUCUUCCAAACUAACGCCCUAUAAAGUCACAUCCUCACCUUCUGCUCCAGUGACGUGGGGUCCGCAAUCCCUACCGCCACCCCAUCUCCUCCCUGUCCCUCAGUCCUACAUCAGUCCUACUACAGUUUUGAGGAAGUCCAGUCUUCUAGCUACAGGCAGCAUCUGCCUAGAACUCCAGCCCAAGUUCUCAGAGUUCUCCCCCUCCCUCAACCAGUCUUCCUUCAUACUACCACCACCAUGCUGAGGGGCAUGAUUUGAGCUCAUGAAGUAAAAUGAGCUUAGUCUUCUAAUGCUGAACUGUUAAGGACACUGCACAUCGGACGCGCCACAGUGCAGUGUCGCAUUAUGUCACAUCACAUAGUGUCGCAUAGUGUAGCAGAGCAGAGCUGCAGGCCAGCAGGGAGAGCUGAUAAACACCAGGUUCAAGUUUGUUUUUAAACUCUACUCAUUUAAAUUGAAUGAAAUAACAUGUUCAGCAUCACCCAUCAUGCUUGGUAUCAGUGUACUACCUCUACACAGACUGGCUGCUUUCCAGCUGACAAAGGCUAGGCUAGUGACGUAAGCUGAGCUAUCGUACUGUUAGCACUUGUCUGCUUGUCUGAAGGUUUGGCUGACGGUCUCUGUGUAAAUUUCAAGCCAUGUGAUCUAUUGUGGUCUCAGUAUGGCAGUAAUUUAAUGUAGUACAGGUUAAUUCUGUGUGAUGUGCUGUGACACGCUAAGAAGCUGAGCAGUGCUCAGAGACACCAAGCGCUGGUGCAUGUUGAAGCGCUGUGUCAGCUCUGGUGUCAGUACUUCCUUUAAAAUCAGUGGUUUCAAAUGUUUUGGACGCUUCGUGACUCGAUUGGCGUGUCCAGUGUUGAGUGGCCUUUAGGAGCUUAAAUUGGUUUUGGGAAAUGUUUGGACUGGAGACAUCAAUUCAUUCCAACAAGAGUUGGAUCAGAUUGGUCAGUUCAACACAUAUUAGAAUGGAGCAGAACAUUUAAAAGGAGUGUUUUGCGUAUUUGAUAUAAAUUUUUUUACAGAAUUAAUAGAAUUAUUGUGCUGAACAGGUGGUGAACAGUAACUUAGACAUCACUAAGUGUACUGAUUGGUCACUGAUUGGAGUGUAAGCUGCAGAGACGCUGUGUUUCUAGAUGCAUUUUGACACCCAGGAUCUAGCCGACAUAUACAGUCUAGAAGACGUCGAACACCGUAUACAGUAAUUAGCUUAGUCUGCUCAUGUAGAACCAUUAGGAACCUAUGAACAAUCCUCCGAGUGCGUUCAGCUGUACAGUGACGCUGCGUUACUGGCAGUUUGUAAAGAUGCACUGGAGCUUCGCAGGACUUUGUCUUCACCCUCCUAGAGGUGGUGGUAUCAUGUGAUUUGAGUCCUCAUUGGUUGGUGGAAUGGGAUGCAUCUAAAUUGGGAAGAAAAUGGGGAAAAAAUCCAAACUAAAUAAAAGAAAUGGUGAUAUACUUAAAAAGUAUUAAAAACCAGCUGUUGAGAAUCACUGUUUUGUAUGAUCUAAAACCAGUAUGGUGUCUGAUAAACACAUAAAAUGAUUCUAAUAUGCCGUUCUUGCACAACUUUACAAGUUUAAAGAAUUUAAAAAUAAUUAAUUGGAAGAUUAAAAAAAAUAAUAAUGAACAAAACAUUUUAAGUGUGUUCAGAGUAAUGAACAGAGUUGUAGAUGGAUAUUAUAUAAAGAUGAAAUACAGUUAACCCCCUACAUGGCCGCCGGCUGGCCCACGCCUUUAUUACACACUUCUAUAACCUAAGAACAGCUCAGCUAAUUUGCUGAAUAAUCAGCCUUAGUGUGUAGUAAACCAUGAUGCCUUAUAAUUCACAGUGACAAUCUGAUCUUGACGCAGAUUAUUUGACAAAAAAUCACACAAAUAGAUAUUUACUGUAUGUUAUUUUUCGUUUGAUAACUUAUUGUUGCCGAAAUGCUUGAAAUACUGAAUGACAUCUAAAAUGACCUUUUCUUGUUGAGUAUGUAAAUCUGCCGUGUAUAAACUGUUAUUGUAUGUAAACAGCAGAAACUGUUACUAUGACAGGUGACUCUAAACUUCUGAACAGUACAGAAUGUUCAUUAAUGCAACAUUAGUCAGUUUGGUUGAUCUAAGCUUUUCAGAAGCAGUGCUGAUUAUUCUGGGUUUAACAGAUUUAUAGUGCUGAACAGGAGGUGAAGGAUAUCUUCACUAAGGUCAUCACUGAGUGUGUUGAGUCAUUCCUGGUGAAGUGUAAGAUGUAGAGAUGCCGUAUUCCAGGAUCAGGGUCCUCCAUACCACCACGCAGACUACCUCCAAUAUCAAUCACCAAACUACACGGCUGGAGACUGAAGAUCAGGGCUCCACUGAAGAUCCUGCUCCACAUGUUGGCCUGGGGUGUGUUUAAUUAUGCUCGUUCACACAUGUUAGUCUCUUUAAUCAGUAGAAGUUCUGUAGCCGUAGUGAUCUCUGACCACUAUCAAAUCACCAUUUAUCAAUAAUCAAUACUAUUUACUGUACUUUGAUUUGUUUUCCUUUUACUACUUACUGUAACUCUGAGUUUCUUUCAUUAUUUGCAUGUUUGAUUAAUUAUAUUAAUAAAUAAUAAAGGGGAGGGAGG